AUAGCCAAACACAACUACGCUAUGGACGAGUACUCCCGGGGGUAUGCCGAGGUGGAGGCCCUUAGGAGGAUUCUGCGAGCUGAGGUUGAGGCGAGCAUCAACCAUCCGGACUAUCAUGAUCCGUGGAACCUCAACCUGGACCCCUUAACGGACUGGUUCCGUCCCCUCCUAGGGCCCACUUUGGCUCCCUUUGCCGCGGAAAUGACCGGUGAGUUCGCUUCUCAGCUUACACGCUGCGCGCCCAAGCGGUUUGCCACUUGUGCCUCCUUGAACUCUAUCUUCCAGGUCCAGGACCUCAGCCAUUCCCUCACAGUACUUGCUGCUGAGGCUGGUCGCCUCUCCAGGAACAUCAUAAACCAUGGCUUCGCUCUGUCCGACUUUGGGGACAUGAACGACGUCAGGAAGGUCCUCCAAGACCUCACAGCGGAGAGGCAGAUCUACCAGGAGGCGGCCGAGCGCCAGGAGGCAGCGGCCAAGGCCAAGGAAGAGAAGGCCAAGGCCAAGGAAGAGGAGGCCACCCGGAGGGAGGCUCAGGCGGAGGCCAUGAUCCAGGCCGAGGCCCAGCGGAGAGGCAGGAUGGAGGCCCAUCAUCAGGAGGAACUAAGGGCUCAAACCGAGGCUGCCGAGAAGGCCAGGCGAGAUCUUCGAGAGGCCAGGGAGGCUUUGGAUGAAAUGGCCGCCAAGGUGAGGUCUCUAGAGGAGACUCACCAGUCGGAUAUCGAAUCCAAGGCCGCUCUAGCUGCGGAGUUGAAGGAGCUUCGGGACUACAAAGAUCAGUCUACCAGGAAGGCCAAGAGGGCCGAGCUCCUUUCUCCUGUCUCCUGCGCCCGGUGCCCGAAGCGCUUUGAUGAUGGUGUCUACAUGGCUUGGGCCACCAACGAUCAGAGUAUCAAGCUCACUUUUUAUCCCAAACCCGAGGACAUGAUUGCCAAAUUUCGGGAAAAGAAGAAGAGGCUUGACGCUGAGCUUGAGGCACGGAUUGGACCUCGUCUUCCACCGCGGGCUGACUGAGCUGCCGUAUUAUUGACCCAGAUUCUACCCGUUCUUCUUAUAACUUUUUUUUUUGUUUGUACAUAUUUGCUGCUGCCUUAGAACAAUUUACAUAUGGGCGGCAGCUUUUAUUUGAAGGGGAGACAAUUAUAUCUUAAGGCCUGUCCCCGGGCCAUUUACAUGUGUAUGACCUGCCCUUUGGGCUAGGAUAUUUUCAUAUAUGCGAUCUUUAUUUUUCACACUUAUAUAUUUCAACCUGUCCUUUG